AUAAUCUAAAUCGUAGAUACCUUGAAUAUCGACCGGGCUCCUAGUUGUCUUUUGUCCUUGGUCACGUGUUAUUACUCGUUAUUCACAGAGUAUGGUGGUGUGGUAACACUUGUUAUUGUUGAAGUCGAUUUUACCACUAAGAACAAAAUUGCGUCAACUGGGAUAAGUCUGUUAAAUUUGAAAGUUCUAUCAGUCUAAGGAGAUUUUAGCAGUUGUUUUAACAUUCGAAACGCACCUAUGUGACAAGGGUAUCGUAGAGGUAUAGCUAGUUAUUGUUGAAGAACGAAGUUGCAUCAACCGGAUAUAGAAUUUGAAGAUCGAGCCAUAUUGACAAGGCAUCAUGGGGAACAGUGUCAACGUAGCAGGCCUAGCAGAGGAAUUCCAAGUAUCGCAGGAGGAAAUUGUAGAAUUGAAGAGGAUUUACAAAGAAAACUGUGGAGGAAGUCGUUUUUUGUCUCGAGAUAAAUUCCGAAAGGUGUACAAUAAAGUAUUUCCUGGAGAUGCAUCAUCGUUUGCUGACAUCAUGUUCAAUAAAUUUGACACAGACGGUGACGGCAAGGUUGACAUGAGAGAGUUUAUUGUAGGCCUACUGAUGAGCGACGCAAAAAACGUAGAUCAGAAAAUAAAGUUUGCAUUCGAAAUGUACGAUAUCGAUAAAUCCGGAACAAUAUCUCGGGAUGAAGUUAUACAGAUAUCACAGGCCUACUCGCGGAUGUAUAAUACAGAUGACGGACCUACGGUCGCUGACAGGUUGUUUAGGUUUAUGGACAAGAAUGAUGACGACGAAAUUUCGUUCGAAGAAUUCGAUGAAGCAGCACGUAACAACAAAGAAAUCCUUAACCUCCUUUUCCCCAGACCCCCGGAGCCUGUGUAACAAAGAAAUCAUUAACCUCCUUUUCCUCAGACCACCGGAGCCUGUGUAACAAAGAAAUCCUUAACCUCAUUUUCCCCAGACCCCCGGAGCCUGUGUAACAAAGACAUAUUUAACCUCCUUUUCCCCAGACCCCCGGAGCCUGUGUAACAAAGAAAUCCUUCACCUCCUUUUCCCCAGACCCCCGGAGCCUGUAUAACAAAGAAAUCCUUAACCUCCUUUUCCCCAGACCCCCGGGGCCUGUGUAACAACAAAGAAAUCCUAAACCUCAUUUUCCCCAGACCCCCGGAGGGGGUGUUCUCGUUUCCCCCACUUUUUAUAUAACAAAGGAAAAUGUUGAUUUAGGAAGACCAUGGCAAACCAAUUAUAGUCUGUUUUAUACUUACCCCACAGGUAACUUACCUGUGUAAAAGUUACCUGUGCGACUUGUAGCUUUGUUGGGUAAAAAUAGGGUUUUAAUACUUUUUUGAGGUUUAAAUAUCUUUAUAUGUAAUCGAUAUAUUUGUAUACUUAUACAUAUGUAGAGUUUACAGUCAAAUAUUUACAUUACACUUUUAAACAGAUAAUAUAGAAUAUAACAGAACUACAUAAGAGUUCACAAUAUAUUACAGUUUUAAAAUACAUUACCAAUAUUCACAUAUUAAGAAUAGUAAAGUUUAAUAAUAGCAAUCUCAAAUUGACCCCCUCAAAUGUAUAUCAUAUCUCCAAUUUAAAGUCCAAGUCCAACAGCCAAGAGGCAGAUGUUGUUAUCUAUCCCAAAUGUAAGAGAUGUUAUCUUUAUUUGAUACUUAUAUAUCAUGUAUUGUGAAUUACGGGUGUGAAGUAUGGAGUUACAGUCCUGCACCGCAGAUUGAAAAUAUACAUUUAUUAUUUUUGAAAACCGUAUUGGGUGUCAGGAAAACAGUAAAUAAUGCCAUGUUUUAUUUUGAACUUGGUCGUUACGCUUUGCAUAUACAGCGUAGGAUUUCUAUUGUAAAGUACUGUCUGCAAAUAUUAAAGACUAAUAACUGUAUUUUGAGGGCCUGUUACGAUGAACUUUUAGAGCUUUAUAACAGGAAACCAAAUUGUAAA